CGGCCUCGCGCGCCCCGGACCGGCCCCCCCUUUCCCCUCCCCCUUCGCGCCGCCGCUGCCGCGAUGCCCCCCCCUGCGCCCGGGGCCCGGCUCCGGCUUCUCGCCGCCGCCGCCCUGGCCGGCCUGGCCGUCAUCAGCCGAGGGCUGCUGUCCCAGAGCCUAGAGUUCAGCUCUCCCGCGGACAACUACACAGUGUGCGAAGGUGACAACGCCACCCUCAGCUGCUUCAUUGACGAGCAUGUGACCCGUGUGGCCUGGCUGAACCGCUCCAACAUCCUGUACGCGGGCAAUGACCGCUGGACCAGUGACCCGCGGGUGCGGCUGCUCAUUAACACGCCCGAAGAGUUCUCCAUCCUCAUCACCCAGGUGGGGCUCGGCGACGAGGGCCUCUACACCUGCUCCUUCCAGACCCGCCACCAGCCGUACACCACUCAGGUCUACCUCAUCGUCCAUGUCCCUGCCCGCAUCGUGAACAUCUCCUCGCCUGUGACAGUGAACGAGGGGGGCAGUGUGAACCUGCUUUGCCUGGCCGUGGGACGGCCGGAGCCCACAGUCACCUGGAGGCAGCUCCGAGACGGCUUCACCUCGGAGGGUGAGAUCCUGGAGAUUUCUGACAUCCAGCGAGGCCAGGCCGGGGAAUAUGAGUGCGUGACUCACAACGGCGUCAACUCGGCGCCUGACAGCCGCCGUGUGCUGGUCACAGUCAACUAUCCUCCAACCAUCACGGAUGUGACCAGUGCCCGCACGGCCCUGGGCCGGGCUGCCCUCCUACGCUGUGAAGCCAUGGCCGUGCCGCCUGCGGACUUCCAGUGGUACAAGGAUGACAGACUGCUGAUCAGCGGUGCAGCCGAGGGCCUGAAGGUGCAGACGGAGCGCACCCGCUCGAUGCUUCUCUUCGCCAACGUGAGCGCCCGGCAUUAUGGCAACUACACGUGUCGCGCCGCCAACCGGCUGGGAACGUCCAGCGCUUCCAUGCGCCUCCUGCGCCCAGGAUCCCUGGAAAACUCAGCCCCGAGGCCCCCCGGGCCCCUGACCCUCCUCUCCGCCCUGGGCUGGCUGUGGUGGAGGAUGUAGGAAGAACCCAAUGCAGCUCGCCUCCCCCUGCGCGGGGCCUGAGGCCGGGAGCGAGAGAGAAAGGGAGAGCAAGCGCCGUGGGUCUCGAGGGGGCGGAAGAGCUCUCUGCCACCGAGGAGAAAGAAGAGAGGAGGAGGAGGAGGAAGAGGAGGAAAGCUCUUUAGAGAACCCAUCACUGUGAGGGAUAACGCAAAAUUAUGCAUCUUUCUACAGCCAUUUUCGCCACCGUUCACGUUUCCGACUGUGACCCACCCCCGGCCACCCCACACCCCUCUCUUAGCUCAGGCUGUCAACCGGAUCGUGUGUAUGUAGUGGAUGUGUGUGAGCAUGAGCCUGCACGCGUGUGUAUGUGUGUGGGGGGGAGGGGCUCAGCAAUCUUCCCUCCCCCAAAACCCCCACGCCUACUGCCCCCAAUGCUGCUGCCUCUCACCUCUGGCUGGAGGUAGGUAUGUGGGCUUCGUGGCAGAAGCUGUGAGGAUAGGAUUUCUAGGCUCCCCCGUCCCCAGUAUAUGCACGCACAGCACCCCCUCCCCUCUCUGUUGAGAGAGUGUCUCCUGGGCCGGUUAGGAGUGAGGAGGGGUGUCGCGCACUUGCCUGUCAAGCUUUCAUUCAGCCUUUGUGAGCAGGUGGGAGAGCUCCGUCUUGGCUCUGGGCCUCCUUGCUGUCUACCAUCAGCUGCCUGCAGCCCGAGCGAGGCCCCGUCACGGGCUCAGCAGCCUGAGACCUUCCCACUCUCUCUGCCCCCCCCUUCCCUCCCCUGACUUUCUGGCCCCAUCUGGGCCAAUCGGUGCUUCCAUCCAACUGUCAGACUGGUGCCUGUGGUCACCUGUCUGUCUCAGUGCUUUGCCCUACCCCACCCCUAGCUCCCCUCAGCCCGCUGCAGCCACCCACAGGUGUGGGCUUGCUGGUCUACCACCCCCGACCUCUCCACCAACUGUACCUCCCAAAGGCUGACCUGACCGCCCUCACACACACUCCGAUAGACACACACAUACCAGCGACUGUGACCAGCAAUAGCCCCCCGGCUCCAGCUGUCCUGCAGCUGGUGACCAGCUUAUAGUUCCCCUGAGAGUGGGCAACUUGUCAGGAGGAGGCGCUGAGAGGCUGUAACUUCAGCUCUGAUGGGAGGAAUAUGCAGUAUGCAUACCACUUACACAGAGUGGGGAAGAGAGAGGCAUCACAGACAUCCCCAGUCCAGACCAAGAUGUCAAGUCGCCAGCUCUGACUCCUGGGAGACCCGCUAGAAACACUCACCCCAAACCACACACCCAGAGCUUGGGGAGGAAGAGAUCAGAGCAGGGGUGGGGGGAGGGGGGCAAGGGGCAGUGACUGUACCUCAGACGGGGGCGUGGGCCCCAUCCCACAUUGUCUUCCAUCCCCAGGGUCCAGGGGGUUGGGGAGGGGUGGGAGAGGGACACCAGGGAGGGGGUGGGGGGGCCCUGGGGGCCGUGUGUUCCGACUCAUGGGGAGUGUUGAGACCACCACACCAAUAAACGCCUUUUUCCAAAG